UUUUUUUCAAAUGGGAAAUUAGAUCUAGCUAGUGGCUCGUUUCGUUGCUUCAGAUCUCUCGCUUCGAUCAAUCUUCUUCUAGGGUCAAGGGCAUAAUCAAAACCAGAGAGCUAAGAAAAAAAUUGCUGUUGAAGCGGAAGAAGAAGUGGAAGAGGAAUAAGAAGGAUUAAAGAUGGCGGCUGGUGGAUUUUUGACUCGAGCAUUCGAGACGAUGCUCAAGGAGUCUGGGGGAAAGAAGUAUCCUGAUCUCCAGAAAGCUAUCCAAGCUUAUCAAGAUGGUUCCAAGGUUGUUACGCAGGCUGCAUCCUCGAGCAUAGAUGAGAGUUCACAAGCUGAAGGUGGAGGUGAAAAAACUGGAAGAGAAGCAGAUGAACAGCCAAAAGUCCAAAGUGCUGAAGUAGCCGAGCAGGCUAGCCAGUCAAAAAGCGGGACUAUAAACAUUUCAUUAGCAAAUGCUGGACACACGUUAGGGGGUGCGGAAGUGGAGCUUGUUCUAAAACCUCUACGCCUUGCAUUUGAGACAAAGAACUUAAAAAUAUUUGAUGCUGCUUUGGAUUGUCUUCAUAAACUCAUUGCCUAUGAUCAUUUGGAGGGGGAUCCGGGUUUGAAUGGCGGAAAAAAUUCUGCACCUUUCACCGAUAUUCUGAACAUGGUUUGCAGCUGUGUCGAUAAUUCAUCACCAGACAGCACUGUACUCCAAGUGCUGAAGGUUCUUCUUACAGCUGUUGCUUCAGGAAAGUUCAAAGUGCAUGGGGAACCGUUGCUGGGUGUUAUUCGAGUUUGCUAUAACAUUGCUCUAAACAGCAAGAGCCCAAUAAACCAGGCAACUUCUAAAGCAAUGUUGACUCAGAUGAUAAGCAUUGUAUUCAGGAGAAUGGAGACUGAUAUUGUUUCCGCAUCUUCCACAGUGCGUCAGGAAGAACAUGUUUCGGGCGACAGUUCAAGCCCUAAAAAUGAAGAAAUUACUGCAGCUGAUGAAAAUGAGAAAGAAAUGACCUUAGGAGAUGCACUCACUCAGGCGAAAGACACAACUCUUGCUUCUGUUGAAGAGCUGCAUACCCUUGUGGGCGGUGCUGAUAUUAAGGGUUUAGAAGCCGCCCUUGACAAAGCUGUGCAUCUUGAAGAUGGCAAGAAGAUAAAACGGGGCAUCGAGCUGGAGAGCAUGAGUAUUGGACAGCGUGAUGCAUUGCUAGUAUUCCGUACCCUUUGCAAGAUGGGUAUGAAAGAAGAUAGUGAUGAAGUCACAACGAAGACCCGUAUAUUGUCUCUUGAGCUUCUUCAGGUUAACCUAGUUACAUUAUUCUUCUAAGUUUGUAAGAAAAGC